UAUGUGGACAAUUGAAAAGAAGAGAGUUAUUAAGCAUACUAAGUGAAAAUUAUUUUUAUUAUUUUUUUAUUUAAGUGAAUAUUAAAAUGUUUGCAUUUACAAUCCAUGGCCAUAUUUGAGAGGCGCUACCAUCAAUGCAAUGAAAAUAUAGACGACACGAUACUGAUAAGCUGUAUCAUAGAAACCGCCCAAGAAGUUAAUGGACAUACGGAAUAUUUGCUGCGUUUACAACGUGGUCCUUCAAAAGAGAAUUGCUGGCGUUUAUUAAAGCGUUACAAUGAUUUCGUCACGUUGCAUAAAAAUUUUAUUAAAUCGGGUAUACCGUUAUCAUUGCCGGGAAAACGUCUUUUUGGUAAUAUGCGUCCAGACUUUAUAGCUGAAAGAAGGCAAGCUCUGCAACAGUACAUAAACGACAUACUAAUGAAUCCAAUAUUGGCAUCAUCGCUUCCAGCGAAACGUUUUGUCGAUCCGGACACUUAUUCACAAUCAUUCCAUGAUCAAGCGGUUCAAAAUGCUUUACUGUGUUUGCGGCAUGAAAAUUUAUGGAAUUUAGGUACCUCCCUUGGGGCAAUAGGUUGGCGUUUGCGUAAGCAUUACUUUAAAGUAACACCCAAGCCACCAGAUUCGAAGGCUAGUAAUAAGUUGGUUAAAAGUAGCUCACAAACACAUUCACAAAGCAAACAUUUUCUGGCCUCGAAUGCCAGUAAUAAUGGCAGUGGUAGCGGUAGCGGCACAAUGUUCUCAACUUCCAUUGAUUUGAAUAAAUUAGAAGGCUGUGAAUUAGUGUUAGAAUGGUCGGAGUACGGUCCUGAUAAAUAUAUUGAGGAGAAGGAACUAACAGGUAUAUUUAAAAGUGUCACAAGUUUACAGCAUCCUCACAUUGAAUCCGUGGUAUACGCAGCACACAAUGAGAGUGGAUGCCUCACCAUAAGAAAAUUUCAUAAACAAGGCUCCCUAAAGGAUAUUUUGUGCAUGGCCACUCCCAAAAAUACUUUUCUAAGUAAAUACGGUAAUCCCAAGGGGCGCACGGCCUUAUCAAUGAAACAAGUGGCAAACUACGGCAAACAAAUCCUAGAAGCUUUAAUAUUCCUACACUCUAAGGGUUUUCCUUACGGCCAUUUACACUCCGGUAACGUCGUCAUUAUCGAUGAUUGCGUUAAAUUGUUGGACAUUGAAAACUAUAUAUUAGGAGUACCAGCUUUUUAUCGUCCAUUUUUUGUACAACAUAGUAAAAUACAUACGCCCGAGGCCAUAGAUGUUUAUUGUUUCGGCCAUGUUCUAUUUGAAAUGGCUCAAGGUUAUCCAUUGCAGGAAUCAGUAGUUAGACAAAUUUCUGAAUGCCCAGAAAGUUUAAAAAAUCUUCUUGAAAGCAUUUUAUCACGCGACGCUUGUAGAACAAAUUUACCAACAUUAGAACAAUUGUUGAAUCACACAUUUUUCGAACAGCAUGCCGCCGGUCAUAGUCAGUUAACAAAUGUUGAUGACACAUUGAAACCUCAUUUUAAAUUAACAUUAAAUGCCAAAGAAAUGAUUAAACAAGCAGUACAAAAAGCUGAAAAUCGCUUAAGGGAUGAACAGAAAUCGGUAAAAAAUCAAAAACGCAUUGUACGCGUCCAAGAGCUAAUGAGUUCAGAAGAGGAGAAACGUAAAACUAAACAAAAGGCGAAACUUGAGCACAAACAAUCAAAACUUAAGCAACAAGCAUCAUUACAAGCCAACAAUGGUCGCAUUUCCUUAAUAGCAACGGCCAGCGGAUCUGUUCCAGAAUACGCGGAUGUUGCUAGCGGCGCAACUGCUAGUUCCAGUUCGACCAUUAUAUUCCAACGUUGUGAUACUACGGGUGCAACUUUAACAUCGCCGGAUCAUAGAGAACCAAUUUUUAAAUCACCACCACCAACACCCUCUGCUUAUCAGCGAUCGAAACAAGCUUCCAACCAUAAUCAAUUCGCUCAGCAGCACAGCCCGGGGCAAUCCACCUCUUUAGCUAAUGUUGAAAGGCAAUCUUCUACACCAAAUAUAACAACCAGUGACGAUCAUCAUGGCGGUAAUGACAAUGAUGUAAAUGAAGAUAAUGGCCUAGAAAAGAAUCGUUCAGCUUUACUCGAAUCUAUCUGCAAAUUUAAUCGUGGAUCUUUGCGUAAAGUACGUUCCAAUGACUAAGAAAAAUGUAAAAGUUAAAGCUUUAUAAUUUAUAAAUAUAAAAAAAAAAAAAAAAACAAAGAAAAAAAAAUAGAAAACUAACAACAACAAUUAACGCCGGAAAUUACAUACAAUUCUAUUUAACGAAACAUUGGACCAAAUUACUUAAAGCAAAACUAAAAAGAAAAAACAAAAAUAAACAUUCUACGACGUUCUUAGCGCUUUUAAUACCAGAACGACUAAAAAAAAAAUAUUUACAAAUAUAAAAAAAGGAAUAAAAACAAAAAAAUUUGAAGAAAAAAUUGAUCACUUAAGCAAAAAACCAAAUAUUUACAAAUUUACUCAUACACAAACAUGAUAUGUAUUUAUUAGUGCAAUUAAUAAUUAAUCAUUUAUUUAUUAAUAUAUGGCAUGUGUAAUAACAAUUAGAUUUUCGGCGAAAAUGUUUUGUGCGUACAUGUGCGUGUGUGUGUGUAUAUACAUGUGUGUGGAUUUAUGCAAUAAGUAUUAGAAAAAAUCAAUCCCAAUCUCUUCUUAUAAUCACAAGAUAAUUUUAAGCUGCACUAAACUACAUAAUAUCUAUGCACAUAUACAUACACACUCACACACACACACACACACA